AUGUCCUACGACCGAUACCUUGCAAUCCGCAAACCAUUGCGUUACAGUUUGAUUAUGUGUCCCGAUCUUUGCAUGCAACUCGUCGCAGGCUGUUGGUUUCUAGUUUUUGUUUUAGUAUCAGCAGAAAUUGUGGUGCUGUGUCAGUUACAUUUUUGUGGACGGAAUUACAUUGACCAUUUCUUCUGUGAUUUCGGACCGUUAGUGCAGUUGGCUACUUCUGACACAUCGGCCUUAAUGUUACUUGACCUCGUCAUCUCAAUACUUAUGAUAUUUCUCCCAUUUGUUUUCAUAAUAAUGACAUAUGUGUCAAUUCUCAUCACCAUCCUCAGUAUUCCUUCCAGAACAGGUCGGAAAAAGUCUUUCUCCACCUGUACUUCCCACCUAAUGACAGUUUGCACCUAUUACGGGACUUUGAUUACAGUCUAUAUGAUCCCAUCUGAAGAAAAUGAUUUUAAUAUAAAUAAGUUCCGAUCUUUGCUGUAUGUAAUGGUGACUCCAAUGAUGAAUCCCAUCAUAUACAGCUUGAGGAAUCAGGAGGUUUUAGGAGCUUUGAGGAAAGUACUCCUAUUUGUUAGAAAAGCCUAUGGAUAG